UUGGUCACUCUGCUUUUGCCGUUUUCGAUUUCUCAUUUCCUUUUACUGAAACGAUGGCGACCACUUUGAUUCGACGGGCAACGAGUAUGACGUCACGCUUGUCGUCGUCAACUGUGGCUCCGGCGUCGAGGCUUGUGGUGACGCGUCCCUACGCCAGUGAAGCGGAAGCUAAAAAGGGGGACGCCGCCACGACCAAUAUGAAAACCUUCCAAAUCUACCGAUGGAACCCAGAUAACCCAUCAAAACCCCAACUCCAAGACUACAAAAUCGACCUAAAAGAAUGCGGGCCCAUGGUCCUCGACGCCCUAAUUAAGAUCAAGAACGAGAUCGACCCAUCGCUCACCUUCCGCCGCUCCUGCCGUGAAGGAAUCUGCGGCUCCUGCGCGAUGAACAUCAAUGGCUGUAACGGGUUAGCUUGUCUGACCAAGAUCGAAUCAGGAUCAUCUGAGACGACGAUCACGCCCGCGUUGCCACAUAUGUAUGUGAUAAAAGAUCUGGUGGUGGAUAUGACCAACUUUUAUAAUCAGUAUAAGAGUAUUGAGCCUUGGUUGAAGAGGAAGAAUCCGCCGCCGACGGCAGGGAAAGAGAUUCUGCAGAGUAAGAAGGAUAGAGCCAAGUUGGAUGGGAUGUAUGAAUGUAUUUUGUGUGCCUGUUGUAGUACCAGUUGUCCUAGUUAUUGGUGGAAUCCUGAAGCUUAUUUGGGUCCUGCUGCGUUGCUUCAUGCUAACAGAUGGAUAAGUGACAGCCGUGAUGAAUACACAAAGGAGAGAUUGGAGGCCAUAAAUGAUGAGUUCAAGCUGUAUCGUUGCCAUACGAUAUUGAACUGUGCUCGUGCUUGCCCAAAGGGCCUGAACCCAGGAAAGCAGAUCACACACAUCAAAAAGCUUCAGCUGUUUGGUAGUGCUUGAAGUUUCAAAUUUCACAAUAAAAAUGUUGGUGUAUUUAACCAGUUAAUCUGGAUUAUUUUUGUGAGGACCGCUCAAACAAUUUGCUCUGAGUUAAUGAUGCCAAUAAUUGUAUUCUCCCUCACCAUUGUACUUAAUUUUGUUAUAACUUGUUCUGGUGCUUAUUUGGGUCUUUUUUUA